AUGCCUGUUCAGAUCCCUUUGGCUCCCUACAUGGGGGCCGUGGCCAUCGCAGCGCUUGUCGGUGCAAAAUACACAGGAACCUCAACAGCUGUCGCAGAAUCAUGGUCAUUGAGUAUCGGCAUACUGCUCUAUACCUUCUACUGUAGCUACCUCUAUCCUUUCUACAUCUCUCCACUACGACAUGUACCUACGGUUCCCGGAUUCCCUCUCUGGGGCCAAUUCUUCACUAUCAUCACAACAGAAUGCGGUGUGCCUGCUCGUGAAUGGCAUCAGGAACAUGGUCCUAUCAUUCGAUACUUCUUCCCCUUUGGAUCAGAGAGGCUUUCCAUCGCAGACGACGAUGCUAUCAAACACAUGACGGUCAGAAAUCCAUACAACUAUCCAAAGCCUCAACGAGCCAGACUCUGGAUGAAACCCAUCCUAGGCGAAGGUGUCCUGUUGGCAGAAGGUCACGCUCAUGUUACACAACGGAAAGCGCUUGCGCCUGCCUUUUCUAUCACAUCUAUCCGAUCUCUCAUGCCCAUCUUCUGGGCCAAGAGCCUCCACAUGGCCAACCUUUGGGACAUUGAAAUGGCCAACCAGGGCGUAGCCUCCAAAUGUUUUGAAGUUCUCGAAUGGCUGAACAGGACGACACUCGACAUCAUUGGCAGCGCAGGUCUUGGAACUGAGAUCGAUUCCCUGGGCAACCCCGAUACGUCGCUCCGAGAAGCUUACAAGCGAUGCUUCGACUUUGACCUUCAAGCUCGUGUUCUCAACGGACUAGCGGCGUUCACUCCUCUGAUUCGAUUACUCCCGAUGCGAGCCAACCGAGACAUGCACAACUCUCACAAGCUCAUCCUCGGUCGGGCUUCGGAGAUCAUCAAAGAGAAGCAGGGCGACGCUAAAGCGCAGCGCGAGACCAAGCACAAGGAUAUCAUUGGUCUUAUUGUCAAAGGCAACAGCACUGCAAGCAAAGCCGAUACACUUUCCCAGGAGACCAUGCGUGACCAGGUCAUGACUUUCCUCGGGGCGGGCCAUGAUACCACAGCGACAUCCGUCGCAUGGACCUUGAUGAUGCUCGCAAAGAAUCCCGAGAUACAAUCCAAGCUUCGCACUGAAAUCAGAGAGCACAUGCCCUUCCUCUUCAACCAGUAUGAACGCGAGGAUUCGGACAAGCUGGCCGCACAAGGCGAUGUCGACUUACUCCCCUAUCUCGACGACGUGUGCCGCGAGUCGCUGCGCUACAUUCCAUCUAUUCCCAUGACAGUGCGAACCACCAUCGAUGAUGAUGAACUGGGCGGUUACUUCAUCCCGUCCGGCACGACUAUCUACCUCAUGGCCAACACCAUCAACCGAUUGCCCAUGUAUUGGGGACCGACGGCCGAUAAAUUUGACCCAGACCGGUGGCGCAGUCUCCCAGAGACAUACACCACCAAUGCUUUCAUGACGUUCUUACAAGGUCCCCGUGGCUGCGUCGGCCGCAAGUUUGCCGAGGUCGAAAUGAAGACCAUCCUUUGUUCUCUGCUUAGCAAGUUCAGCUUCGAAAUGGAUACGUCGGUCGAUGAUCCGGAGGACCUCAAGAUGUGGAGACUUGUCCUACGACCGCGAGAUGGUGUCAGCUUGAAAGUCAGCGCUCUUUGA